UUCUCAUUGGAUGUUGUCAAGGGAAGUGACGUCAUGAACUAGUCUACCCAUCAUGGCUGCGCCCUGUGUUAUGUUCUGAAUUGGUCUUCUCUCGCUUGAAUACUCUCGCCGCCACUCACCACUAUGAGGAAGGGUCGAAUUGAGCUGGGGGAUGUGACACCCCAUAACAUAAAGCAGUUGAAGCUACUCAACCAGGUGGUGUUUCCAGUCAGCUAUAAUGAUAAGUUCUACAAGGACGUACUAGAGGCUGGGGAACUGGCCAAAUUAGCAUACUAUAAUGACAUGGUCGUGGGUGGCGUGUGCUGCCGUGUGGACGUCUUGGAUGGGCAGCGACGACUCUACAUCAUGACCUUAGGAUGCCUUGCCCCUUACCGACGUUUAGGCAUUGGUACCAAGAUGCUAGAGCACGUGCUUAACUUUGUUGAGAGGGAAGGAAAUUUCAACUCCAUUUUCUUACAUGUACAAGUUAACAACGAUGGUGCAUUAGAUUUCUACAAAAAAUUUGGAUUUGAAGUGGUGGAAACAAAGCAACAUUAUUACAAGAGAAUUGAACCUGCUGAUGCUCAUGUUCUUCAGAAGACCCUGGUUAAGUCUUGAGCAUCAGUCACAUAUAAACAACCCUGGGACCUGACAACUACUGGCAAAUAGAAGGAUAUCAAGCAGUAAGUGGUGACUGGAAAUUUCUGAUGAGGUGAAAAUAAGCUGCAGAGAUGGAAUGAUGUGUUGUUAACCAGUGGAGUACUGUUCUGUAUACUGAGUUUAAGGACAUGCUGGAAAGAUGGUCAAGUCUAUGGCUAUAGUAACCACAUAAUUAUUUUACUCAUUGAUUCUGCAAAGAAUCAAAUACUUAUGGUGAAAGAUAUGCAUAUAUGUUUGUAACUGUGUAAGUGUGUGUGUGUGUGUGUGUGUAUAUAUAUAUAUAUAUAUAUAUAUAUAUAUAUAUAUAUAUAUAUAUAUAUAUAUAUAUAUAUAUAUAUAUAUAUAUAUAUAUAUAUAUAUAUAUAUAUAUAUAUAUAUAUAUAUAUAUAUAUAUAUAUAUAUAUAUAUAUAUAUAUAUAUAUAUAUAUAUAUAUAUAUAUAUAAGUAAAAUGCCACAAGUAUGCAUAUACCCUCCGAAUUUUGAAUUGAUAUGGUGGUGAACUUUAACUUGACAAUGAUUUAAAUAAUAGUCAGGUUAAAACAUUUGUUUAUAGGACUUUGAAACCAUGAAUCCUCGAUAUAAAAAUUAUCACAUUUACCUUAGUAUGGACCCAGGGACCAUAAACCCGAAUUAACAUGUACACAAAACACUUCAUAAUAAGGACAAGGUACCAUUGAUAUAGAGACCAAAUUGAACAUGUAUUAAAUGGUUAGAGUAUGAUUUUAAAAUAUUUUACUGUAGUCUGCUUACCAUCCAAAGAGCUGAUGUAUAUCUACAGCAUAAGAAGUAAUUUUCAGUGAAAUUUAAAUAAUUAUUUUUUUUUGUACAUAUCAAUGCACUUAAGUCUCUUGGGAAAGUAUUGUCCAUUAUUUAAGAAUACCAUUAAAUUUGGAAAUAUUUUGUAAAUCCAUAUUUUGAAUCUCCAACUGUGGGCUUGACAGAUUAAAUAUCCAUUGGGUAUCUGUAAUGUUUGUUAAUUGAUGGAUCAUUUAAAGUAUUUCUAAUUAUUUUGUUAUGCAAAACUAUAAAUUUAGUCAAAUCAUAUGAGGCCCCCCACAUCGUAAGGGUUACUUGUGCCAAAAUUUGAAACCGAGAAAACCGUGUUUAAAGUUUUUUAUAUUUCUAAUAAGCAUAACUUUGUUGUUUUUGGAGAUACACCAUUCAUUUUUUAUGCAUUUUGAAGCUAAAGGACUGUACUUGCAGAUGGUAGGUAGCACGUCAUGAAGUAAUGUACUGGGUUGUUGCAAUGUUGACUUGAAGCAACAAAACUUCCUCCCGCUUAUGGUUUUUUUGACUUUAAUCGACAUCAGAGUGUAGAUCCCGCCACAACAAAAGAACUGAGGGAGGGAUUCCGCUCUCAUUGGCUGGAGGGGCCGUGACGUAGAUAGCAGACGCUCACUGUCAUUGGCCGAGAUGGGGGAAGUGGCUGCGGGCCAGCCGUUGUGAUUGGCCACCCGCUCCUCUCACUUACUCGCUGACAGGACGAGAGCACCUGACGACGCGAAAGUCAAGCCGAUACUUUCCUGUCUGCCACAAAUCGAUGCUAAACCCUAUUUUAAAAGGGCUUUCAACCUUAUUUACAGUCUAGUAAGGAGAUCUUAUCCACUACCAUCGUAUCGAGCUAGGCCGAAAAUAGUGCUUUCCAACAAAAACGGGUUUCGCCCGGGUGGUCUGAGUUACCCUUACGAUGCGGGGGCCUCAUAUUAUGUGGCAGUUAAAUAAUACUGGUGUGGCAGCAGUUGACUGGCUAACUGCUUCUUACUGGUUCAGUAAUCACAGUGCAGUUGCACAGAGCAGAUGUUUCUAUGUUCUCUACACUGCUGCGUCAUAAUGACCCUUAUAUUUUGUAUGAUGGAUUUUCCCUUGCUUAAUUUGUAAUAGCUGUAUUUAUUAGAUAUUUAAAUUUAAUAUUUUACAAAAGUUUUGUCUACGUACAGUAUCAUCCUAAAACAUCUAUCUCAUGCCUGAUCUUUCAAAAAUAUGUUUUCAAUUUUUAUUUAUCAUCAAGGAGUUGAGAAUGAGAUAUUUGUCCUAUACAGUAUGUGUUUUUUCAUAGGAAAAUGUGAACAAUCAUAUUUUUUAGGAAAAUAUAUAGAGGUUGGAUUACAAAUGAAGUCAAAACAUUUUUUGCCAAAAUGCAAACCUUUGGUGAGCAAAGUUGUGGCAUUUUACUAAAUGUACUGUACGUGCAUGUGGGCGUGCAUUUACACACACACUUGCCCACAACACACUCGCCCACACACACAC